UCAGAGCAGCUGUGUGAUUUCCUGAAGAUUCUGUUGCUGGAGCUAGGGAUAAAAGCUCAUUUACCCACAAAAUAACCUGCAAGUCUCCAGUUUCUGUUCUUCUUCCCUCCCCCUUCUUUCCCCUCCCCCAUUUGGCACCAGAGAAGUAAAACUUAGGCGUACUUAAAACAGUUUGAAAACUAAUCUGAAAGAGGAAGAAGAAUCUGUAUACAUUGGCUGACAUGUGCUCUACCCUCUCUGAUCUUAAAAACAACAGCAACCCAUCUUUUCAAAGAAACUUGCCUAAAGAGCAGGCAUCCUGUGAAUGAACUGCGCUUGUCUAGAUUAUUUAGAUUCACUGUGGAGAUCACCAAUGACGGCUUAGCUUUCCAAGAAACAGGUAGAUUGGAUUUACUGAAGACUUGGAGUUUGCUUCUGAGAGUGAGUUCAAAAGGACCCUGAAGUGUCAACCUUGAACAUAGCAGUGUUAUGAUUCCAGUUUAGGCUUCAUCUGAUACUAUAUCAUAAGAGGCACUGAUCACAACCAGGAACAUUUUUGAAGAAUACUGCAGUGCUGCAAAGAGGCAACAAGCAGACAUUCCUAGAGAAACAUGGAUGGAGCUGGAAAUCUGACAGUAUCUUCUGCCAGUAAUAUUAUUUGCAAUGACACUAUUGAUGACUUCCGCAAUCAAGUGUAUUCCACCUUGUAUUCUAUGAUCUCCGUUGUGGGCUUCUUUGGCAAUGGCUUUGUGCUCUAUGUUCUCAUAAAAACAUAUCAUGAGAAGUCAGCCUUCCAAAUAUACAUGAUUAAUUUAGCAGUAUCAGAUCUAUUGUGUGUGUGUACACUGCCUCUCCGUGUGGUCUAUUAUGUUCACAAAGGCAUUUGGUUCUUUGGUGACUUUUUGUGCCGCCUCAGCACCUAUGCCUUGUAUGUCAAUCUCUAUUGUAGCAUCUUCUUUAUGACAGCCAUGAGCUUUUUCCGGUGCAUUGCAAUUGUUUUCCCAGUCCAAAACAUUAAUUUGGUUACACAGAAAAAAGCCAGAUUUGUAUGUGUUAGCAUUUGGAUUUUUGUGAUUUUGACCAGUUCUCCAUUUUUACUAGCCACGCCUUUAAAAGAUGCGAAAAACAAUACCAAGUGCUUUGAGCCUCCACAGGAUGAUCAAGCUAAAAAUCAUGUUUUGGUCUUGCAUUAUGUGUCAUUGUUUUUUGGAUUUAUAAUUCCUUUUAUUAUCAUAAUCGUCUGUUACACAAUGAUCAUUUUGACCUUACUAAAAAAUUCAAUGAAGAAAAAUCUACCAAGUCGUAAAAAGGCUAUAGGAAUGAUUAUAAUUGUAACAGCUGCCUUUUUGAUCUGCUUCAUGCCAUAUCAUAUUCAACGUACCAUCCACCUUCACUUUUUACACAAUGAAACUAAGCCUUGUGAUUCUGUCCUUAGAAUGCAAAAGUCAGUGGUCAUAACCUUGUCUCUGGCUGCAUCAAAUUGUUGUUUUGACCCUCUCCUGUAUUUCUUUUCAGGGGGGAACUUUAGGAGAAGGUUGUCUACAUUUAGAAAGCAUUCUUUGUCCAGCAUGACUUACGUACCCAAGAAGAAGGUCUCAUUGCCAGAAAAAGGAGAUGAAAUAUGUUAAUAGUGUAAACCCAUUUCUAAUGCAAAUCAAUGAAAAAGAGUUUCUCAAACAAGUAUUUUCUCAAACAAUUUACAAUAAAAAUAACAAUUUCCGUUAAUAAUUUACAAGUAAUUAAAUGUGUGCCUAUAAAUCUCUCUCAUUUAUGCAUCCACAUUAUUAGAGGUCCAAAAAGUAUUUUAAGUGUUAAAGUUAUAGUCCACAACUAUUAACUAAAUUAUGUAUUUGAUCAUUUGCCAAAAGGUGAAAAAUAUUUCUGUAUUGGCACUCAAAAAAUGGGUCCAAGAUCAAGGUUUUCUGCCUCAAUUAAAAGCUUUACAAAGGAUAAGAACUAGCCUUUUAAGAUAUAAAGUUAACAAAUUAUUCUCAAUCAUACUAACAUAUCUCUUUGCAUGUAUGCCAUCAAAUGAGAACUAAAAUGACCCAUCAGCUAAAUAAAAUGUACUACCACCUUCUUCCUUUGUAGUAUUGACUGGGUAGGCAAAGUAGGACUAUUUAUUCCACAAAAGAGAAUGUGCGAGUGCUAGAACAACUUAGUAGUCCAUGCAAUAUACAGUCUGGAAACUGAAGAAGAUAAACCUGGCCAAAGGCCAGUUUGUGACCAAUGUUCUUCGGCUGCUUACUCAGGCCAUCAAAAGAGAAUGAUGGAGUUUUUGUUAUUUUUUGAGGUUCUUAUAGGGAAUUUUCUCCCUACAUGACACACAGACCUUCUGGUUUCUUAAAAACCAGACAACUGGCAUUCCUAUAUUUGAACAGAAGUAAUUAAAAAUCUAUCUAGAGAAAAUAAAAGGUUUGGCUCAGUGGAUAGAGUGUCGGCCUGUGGACUGAGGGGUCCCAGGUUUGAUUCUGGUCAAGGGCAUGUACCUUGGUUGCGGGCACAUCCUCAGUGGGAGGU